GUCGACUUCAACCUAUUAACCUUGUUGCCAUGACGCUGGAGAAAUACAUCGCAGUGUUGUACCCACUCAAGCACAAAUACUUUUUCACAGAAGGGAAGACAAAAAUUAUUCUCGGAUUGGUUUGGCUCAUUGGACCGUCAUUUUACUUAGCUCUAGCUGUAACAACAACUUAUCGCGAUGGAGAUUGUGGCGUGUAUGCUAAAUUUCGCACAGUGCCUGUAAUUCAGUACGUUUAUAGUUACAGUAAUUUCGUGGUCAUGUGGUAUAUUCCACUUAUCAUCAUGGCUGUUUGCUAUGGGAGAAUGGCUUGGUUUUUGCAUAGCAACACAAAUCUAAACGUCGGUGCAUCGUCGGAUCUGCGACGUCUAAAGAUGGUCCAGGCUCGACGUAACAUCAUCAAAACCCUGAUUUUAGUUGCGCUUCUUAACAUAAUGUGUACCUCACCAAAACAGGUGUUUGAUUUCCUUUUUCUGUCUGGGGUUCCACUUUCACUAGAAGGCAACUUCUACAACUUUGCCGUCGCAGCAGUUUUUAGCAACUGCGCAGUUAACCCAGUUCUGUAUUCGAUUCAGUUUCAAGAUUUUAAGAAAGGUGUCGUUAAUCUGUUCUGUUGUAAACGGCCCGGCAUAGAAACAGCAUAAAGUGACAAAAAGAUUGUGACAUCGUCAAUUGAUCGGAACCUAGAGGAGUACCUGUUCAUCAUUUUGUGAUUUCCAUUCAUCAAAGAUCUUAGUUCACUUUCCACAACUAAUUACAUCGUUGAUUUUAUGAUGAGAUACCUUUAUGAGUACCACAUCCUGGGAAAGG